CAGCUGCUGACACGUUCUGCUGCUGCUAACUGCCGUAGCUUUAUCCUGUAGCCGCCACUGUGUGCGACAGAUAAGAUGAGACUGCCAUGGCGGGUCCUCACACCCCACACAGCACCGGUAAGGAGGGCCUCCUCAGUCCCUGCAGGGAUGUUGGGUUUCGUCCCAGCAUGCAGCACAACUGAUGCUCAGUCUGUGGAGCAGCUGCAGGACUUUGUGACUCGAGCGAGACGCCUGUUUGCCAUCACUGGAGCUGGUCUCUCCACAGAGUCGGGCAUCCCAGACUACCGCUCAGAGGGCGUCGGACUGUACGCUCGCACCGACAGACGACCCAUGCAGCACGCAGAGUUUGUCCGCAGUGCAAAGUCCCGUCAGCGAUACUGGGCCAGAAACUUUGUGGGAUGGCCGCAGUUUUCCUCCCACCUGCCAAACUCUGCUCACAAGGUGCUGCAGCGGUGGGAGGACGGAGGGAAGCUUCACUGGCUGGUCACGCAGAACGUGGACGCUCUUCACUCAAAGGCAGGACAGAAGAGGCUCACGGAGCUCCACGGCUGUGCCCACAGGGUCGUGUGUCUCGGCUGUGGCGCCAUCUCAGCGAGGGAGGACCUACAGAGGCGGUUUCUGUCUCUAAACCCAGACUGGACAGCUCAGGCAGCCGCCGUGGCUCCGGACGGUGACGUCUUCUUAGAGGACGAGCAGGUCCUCCACUUCAGGGUUCCCUCCUGCGAGGACUGUGGAGGCAUACUGAAGCCUGAGGUCACGUUUUUUGGAGACACUGUGAACAAAGCGACCGUACAGUUUGUGCACGACAGGCUGGCGGAGUCGGACGCGGUGCUGGUCGUCGGGUCAUCGUUGCAGGUGUACUCAGGAUACAGGUUUUUACUGGCAGCCAGUGACAGGAGGAUGCCGGUCGCCAUCCUGAACAUCGGCGCCACCAGAGCCGACCACCUGGCCGAGCUGAAAGUGAGCGGCCGCUGUGGUGAGGUGCUGUCGGUCAUUCAGCCCCUCUGACUGUCAUGGACCUGAAGUUUGAACUGUCUGUGUUGAGCUGGUCAUCAUGGUGGUAAAACUACCUCAGAUUUAACCAAACAACUGCAGGACUCAGUGGUGCAAAGGGCAGAAUCAGCAACACUUCAGAAAUACUUGCUGCUGUUAUGAAACUAAAACUGACACGUCUACACUCACAUACUGUGAUAUGCAGAAUAACUGUUAACGAUAAUAGUUCUCAGAAAAGGGUUUGUUGGUCUUGGCAGUGUGACUUAUUUGAAUAGAUUGUUCUCAGAGGAGCCAUUUCUGGACCCAGUGAAUGGACAGAAAUGCACUCGUCCACCAGAGGAACAAGAAAAACCACCACAGCUGCACACACAGUGAAGACAGGGAGGAUGUACGCUGCAUCUGAUGCACCUCAGAAGGGGGAAGCUUGACUUCGAAAUUAUGAUCGUUCUCCACGUGUUUGAUGCACAAAUUGGGAAAAAUUACUGCCUCCAUGUUGGCUUGUCAAAAGUCAAUUUAACUGAAGAAACAGAAAAAACAAACAAGGUACAAAAGGUACGUCGUCCAGUGUUUUAGACAAUAAAAGUGUUACAUGUGAUAUCCAGAACCACUGGAUGUCACCAGAGCAGCACAGACCUAAACCAACAGGCGUGUCACCUUCACUUCCCCUCUUCAUAAUGUUGUAUUUACAUUUAGACAGGUUGUGUACACAGGAGCCAACAGGAAGUGUUCCAGCCACAGCUAAUCUCCCAACCAGCUCAGUACAAUACAACGAGUGGCUGUGACGAGAUGUUAACUGUCUUCAGCUGACCUGUCGCUCCGCUACGUCCACUCUGAGCUGAAAUCUAAGGAGUGCAUAGAAAGUAUGUAAAUAUAACUCUUUGUUGUUUAAGUGGUAGUGAGUGAAAGCUGCGCUGCACCGUUUGCCUUUACAUGUACACAGGAAGGACUGAGAGUUUCAAAGGCUUAAGUUAAUAACAAGAAACUGUAAACUGGCAGCAACGUCAAAUUAUAUACCGACAUUAAUGCCAGAAUAAUUUUUUUGCCAUAUUGACCAGCUCUAGUUAUAAUGUAGCAGCAUUAAUGCAUGAAUGCACCCACACAUGGGAGAGCUGCAGGGAAAUGCACGUCAAUUUGACCCCAUUCAAUGUUUAACGUCUCUAAAUAAGUCAUUGACAUAUUUUUUUCAGUUUUAUUUAAA